AUAAUUAAACCGAAACUAAAAAAGAGUAAAACCCUCAUUCCUAUAUUCCCUUACGAACUGGAAACCCUUCAACUCCAAACUCAAAGGCAUUUGAAGAAUUCCAGUAGAGAGGAAUAACUUGAUUUUACAGAAGAUGGAAACUGAUUCUGAGUCGGAAAAAUCAAAUGCUAAAGCCCCAGAGGAAGGCACUUCAAUGCAAAUGGAUUCCCAAGAAUCCUCGGAACCAAAGGGAGGCAAUGAUGAAAACGAGAAGCUUGCUGGUAUUAUGGACAAACUAAAUAUCGAGUCAUCUUCGACCGGUUUCAAGAGGAAACCAGUUAUUAUUAUUGUUGUUGGAAUGGCAGGGAGUGGGAAAACAACAUUCCUUCAUAGGCUGGUUUGCCACACUCAAGCUACGAAUAUUAGGGGUUACGUGAUAAACCUUGACCCUGCUGUAAUGACCCUUCCAUUUGGUGCUAAUAUUGAUAUAAGAGACACAGUUAAAUACAAAGAAGUGAUGAAGCAGUUCAAUCUUGGACCUAAUGGAGGAAUCCUUACAUCACUCAACUUAUUUGCUACCAAGUUUGAUGAGGUUAUUUCAGUAAUUGAGAGGCGAGCAGAUCAACUCGACUUUGUUCUUGUGGAUACUCCUGGGCAGAUUGAGAUAUUUACAUGGUCUGCUUCAGGAGCUAUCAUUACAGAAGCAUUUGCUUCAACUUUUCCUACUGUAGUCACCUACGUAGUGGAUACACCUCGUUCAGCAAAUCCGGUUACCUUUAUGAGCAACAUGCUUUAUGCUUGUAGCAUCCUCUACAAGACACGGUUACCUCUUGUGCUAGCAUUCAACAAGACUGAUGUCGCACAACAUCAGUUUGCUUUAGAGUGGAUGGAAGAUUUCGAGGCAUUUCAAGCAGCAAUAAGUUCUGAUAGUUCAUACACAUCAACUCUAACUCAGAGCCUCUCCCUCUCUCUUGAUGAAUUUUAUAAGAAUUUGCGAUCAGUUGGAGUGUCUGCAAUUUCUGGUGCUGGAAUGGAUGAAUUCUUUAAAGCUAUUGAAGCCAGUGCUGAGGAAUACAUGGAAAAUUAUAAGGCUGAUCUUGACCAGAGACGAGCAGAAAAACAACGUCUAGAGGAAGAACGCAGGAAAGAGAGCAUGGACAAGUUGAGGAGGGAUAUGGAACAAUCCAGGGGUGAAACUGUUGUCUUGAGUACUGGUUUGAAGGACAGAGAUGGAAGAAGAAAGACACUGGUGGAUCCAGAAGAUGAACUAGAAGAACCAGAAGAGGAAGAUGAUAACUAUGAGAGGUUCACUGAAGAGGAGGAAGACCUUAUAGACGAGGAUGAAGAUGAAGAGGUUUCCAGGUUCUCUUUCUAACAAAUGUUAAGCACUGGCAAAAGCACAAACAGAAUAAAAAAGGUUUGUUGUAGCACUAGAUUUUCUUUGAACUAAGCUUUGUAGAUGACCUUCAGCUUUGACUAUUGACUGAACCGUUAAGCAGUUUUGGAUGAAAGUUGUAGGUAUUGGUACUAGUCUAUCCUCAGUCGUCCAAAGAACACAAAACAGUGGUAUUGCUUGCAAAAUGUUUGUAUAGUUGAUCCAUGCAAUACUUAAGCAAAUGUUAUAGUUUAUGAAUAGAGAUUGCAGAUCGUUUAGAUGCACAUUAAAAUCAUUAUGAAAGUCAUUUACGGGUUUGUGA